AUGCAAAAAGAGCUUGGUUUAACUAAGAUUACUCUUUCCCAAUUAAGUGACACUCGGUGGGUCUGUAGAUUUAAGAGUUGUGAUGCUCUUAUUAACAAUUAUGAUGCUAUUGUCAAUGUUUUAACUAAUGAAAUUGAUGAACAGGAGAGUAAAGAUGUCGCUCAAGCAAUUACAACAUUAGGAAGUUCGGCAUACUUAAUAAAUGGAGUUCAAGAAACUCUGAAAAAAAAUCGUUCUCCCGAAUACUUUGCAGAAUUAUGGGAAAAAUUCAUUAAUUUUGCAGAGAAUAAUGAUAUUUCUAUCAAUAUUCCCAUAGGUUCUAAAAGACGUAGAACAGAAACAAAAACCUUCAAGGACUACCAUGUUACUGUCACAACUGCGGCUGAGAACUCGUUUUACGAAGACGAUUCGUCAAAGAAAAAAUAUUGGGAAGAGCAUGCUAACUAUCCAAUAUUAGAUACAAUAAUAGRUAGUUUGAGUAAUAGAUUUUCAGAGGAGAGUUUAAAAAUUGCGACAGCGGUUGAUGAAUUAUUUAAAUUAAAUUUUCAAAAAUCGUCUUUUCUUAUUGAUUAUUACAAAGAUACUUUUGAUAUCAAUUCUUCAAACUUAAAAUGUGAAAUGAAUGUAAUGAAAAACAUGAUGAAAGAAGUUAAUUUUGAAAAUAUCAAAAAACAUUUAAAUGAAGAAGUAUUUCCUAAUUUAUUUAAAAUUAUGCAAGUGGCAAUAACAUUACCAGUGAGCUCGGCCACUUGUGAAAGGUCCUUUUCAACUAUGAGAAGGAUCAACACAUAUGUCCGAGCUAACAUGACUCAGGGCCGAUUUACCAAUUUGGCAAUAUUGAACAUCGAAAAAGAUAUUAUAGUAGAUAAUGAAAUAGUAUUAAACACAUUUGCUAAAUCCAACCGAAGAAUUCAACUUUAA